CUCGGAUGACAAGCACACACUGCUUCGCAUCAAGUCGAUGGGCACGUCCUUCUUUCCCACCACCUCGAAUACUUCCAAGCAACCACAAUCUGAUCAUGCGUACAAAACGCCUCCUCGACAGAUGAUGCAGCCCGCCAGCAAGCGAUCAAGAACAAUCGCCUACUCCUGUGGCAGGUGUGAAGAUCUUCAAGAGGACCUCAACUCGAUAUGUCAAGCUCAAGACAGGGCAAAGCAGAAGCUCAAGACGGAGAAACAACUUCGAGUUCAAGCUGAAGAAAAGCUCAGAGAUGUCGAAGCCAAGGCUCAAGACCUCAGCGACCAACUGGACGAGCUCAAGAUCUCACUGCAGCAAGCGCAACUGCGAUUAGCAAGAGUCAAGGAGUUGUGCGAUGAGCAUGUAGAGGAGCAAGCCAAGGGAGAGGAGGAUGCGGAUUUGGUGCCUUGUAGCGAGCAUGAGGAGUCGCUUUCGCUCGACUGACGAUGACGAACGCUUGGUACAGAGCGUGCGCUACGUACCUUUAAGAAUCCAUGCCAUUCACGAUACCAUGUCUUACCUUUUGAGCUCCGCC